UGCACCCCCAGGUCCUCCCAGCAACCCGCCAGCAACUCCGGUCAACCCGCCGUCAUGAAGGUCCUGGUCGUGUUCGCCCUCGCUCUGGCCGUGGUCGCCGCCCAGGUGAAGAAAGAAGAAGCCGCCGCCGCCGAGAAGAAGAACGAGAAGAGGGGCGUUUUCGGCCUGGGUUACGGCGCCGCCCUCGGCUACGCCGCCCCCGCAGUGGCGUACGCCGCCCCCGCUGUAUCCUACGCCGCCCCAGCUGUAUCCUACGCCGCUCCCGCUGUCUCGUACGCCGCCCCCGCUGUAUCUUACGCCGCCCCAGCUGUAGCCUACGCCGCCGCCCCCGCUGCACGUCUGGCUUACGCCGCCCCCGCUGUCUCGUACGCCGCCCCAGCUGUAGCAUACGCCGCCCCCGCCGCCAGGCUGGCGUACGCCGCCCCCGCCGUGGCUAAGGUGGCUGCUGCCCCCGCGCUCGCAUACGCCGCCCCCGCAGUUUCGUACGCCGCCCCCGCCGUGGCCUACGGCUCCCACGGAGUCGCGUACGCCGCCCCCGCCUACGCCAAGAUUCACUAAGGUGCCUUCACGAGCGUCAAGUUCUUGGUCACACAGAUUGAAUCAAGAAGACUACUUCAGCAAAUAAAAAUUCCUUCAAUGACAACGAAAACGCUGAUACCAAUAGUUUCAAUUGUAACAUUAGAGAACAAAAUAUAAUAAUUUAUUCUUCCCUGGCUUGUUUGUGAUUUCGUAAUAUGCGUGAGUGUGAAAUAAAAACUAUUUGAAAAUUUUAA